UCCCUUGUUCAUUUCUCCCUUACUCUGCUCUCAAAAACCUUUAGCUUUUCUCUCAAGGGUUCUAUGAAUUGUUGAUCUUUUUGACAAAUCAUCCAUCUUUAAAAGCUUCGUAAUGGCGGUGGAGCUGAUGGGCUUUCCGAGGAAGAUGGACGAUCAGAUGGCUAUACAAGAAGCUGCUUCACAAGGACUCCAGAGCAUGGAACACUUGAUCCGUCGCAUGUCUCAUCGUCAAUCAUCAAAUCACAUGGAUUGUACUGACCUUACUGAUCUAACCGUUUCUAAGUUUAAAAAGGUUAUUUCUCUCCUUAACAGGACCGGUCACGCCCGCUUCCGACGUGGACCGGUUCUCUCUUCACCCUCUUCAUCGUCUUCCUCUGGAGCAGCAGCUUCUCACUCUGUUCCUUACACUCAACAAAACCUAUCCCUAUCUCCCACUCCGAUAACAACUCCGGCGACCGUGGUUCCGGCCCCCGCGAGUUUCGUCCAGUCACAGCCGCAAAGUUUGACUCUUGACUUUACCAAACCUAGUUUGUUUAACUCUAAUGUCAAAAGCACCGAACUUGAGUUUUCAAAAGACAGCUUUUGCAUGUCUUCAAACUCCUCGCUUAUGUCCUCGGCUAUAACCGGAGACGGCAGCGUUUCGAACGGGAAGCAAGGAGGAUCGUCGAUCUUCUUGGCUCCGUCAGUACCAACUGUUUCCGCCGGGAAACCGCCUCUCUCAUCACAGCCUUACAAGAAGAGAUGCCACGAUCAUCAUGAACACUCAGAUGAUUUCUCUGGAAAGUUCUCCGGAUCUACCAACGGCAACGGAAAGUGCCACUGCUCUAAGAGAAGGAAAAAUCGGGUGAAGAAAACGAUUCGAGUGCCAGCUAUUAGUUCGAAAAUUGCCGAUAUUCCGCCGGAUGAGUAUUCUUGGAGAAAGUAUGGUCAAAAGCCGAUCAAGGGCUCUCCUUACCCACGCGGUUACUACAAGUGCAGUACGAUGAGAGGUUGCCCAGCGAGGAAACACGUGGAGAGGGCCCCUGAUGAUCCGGCGAUGUUAAUUGUAACGUACGAGGGGGAGCACCGUCAUGUUCAAAGCGCGAUGCCGGAGAACAUUAUCCCAGCUGGUGUGGGGUUGGUCUUUGAGUCAACGUAAGAAAAAUGAAUAAAAUAAAGAGAAAAAAGGAAAGUGGGUGGAAAACCGAUAAAGAAAGAAAGAAAGGCGUAGACUUUUGUAAUAUCGAAGUAGUUGAGGGAGUUUAAUGUAAAAAUUUCUUUUUUUUUCUUUUUUUGGUGGUGGAGAAGGAG